GAUUGUGGUAACGAACGCACAAAAGCCGGCUGUCUGCUAAAAUUUUUUCCAACUCUUUAUAAACAGUCCACGCAAUUUCAUUCAUAUACUGGAGAAAUAAAUUCGUAAAGUGUAUUAUUAAGUCCUUUUCCCUUAACUUAUCGAUAAAUAUUAUUAGUGAUCCGUUCUUUUUCAAUCUUAUUCUGAUUCGCAGCGAAGUAACCAAAACGGAAGAUUUUGUUACGUUGGCAAUCUGUCAGCGAAGUGUCGCCCCGUCGCCAUUUUGAUUUUUGCUGUUCCAUUUUAAUCUGUUGUGCGUUGGUGUAUCGCUUUACAUGCUGUUUCCGUAAAUACGUGGAAAAAUAAUACAACCAUGUCCGCUCAUGAUCAAAUGCGGGCAAUGUUGGACCAACUCAUGGGGACCGGCCGGAACGGCGAGAACAAUAAGUUCCAUGUGAAGUUCAAUGAUGCGAGGGUGUGCAAAUCGUUCCUGCUGAGCUGUUGUCCCCACGAGAUAUUGUCGUCUACGCGUAUGGAUCUAGGCGACUGUCCGAAGAUCCACGACCUGGCGCUGCGGGCGGAUUUCGAGAAGGCGCAGCAGAGCAAAGACUACUUCUACGACCUGGACGCUAUGGAGCACCUGCAGGCGUUUAUAAGCGACUGCGACAGGCGUACGGAGGCGGCCAAACAGCGCCUGGCCGAGACCCAGGAGGAAUUGUCCGCAGAGGUUGCGGUCAAAGCUAACAGCGUCCACGAGCUGGCGGAACAGAUCGGCCAGAAGCUGGCCAAGGCGGAACAGCUGGGCGAGGAAGGCUUCGUCGACGAGAGCAUGAAACUGAUGGAGGAGGUGGACGACCUGCGCAAGCGCAAACUCGAGGCGGAACAGGAGUACCGGAACUCGAUGCCGGCGAGCAGCUACCAGCAGCAAAAGUUGAGGGUGUGCGAGGUGUGCUCCGCUUACCUGGGCAUCCACGACAACGAUCGCCGUCUGGCGGAUCAUUUCGGCGGCAAGCUGCACCUGGGGUUCAUCAAGAUACGCGAGAAGCUCGCCGAGCUCGAGAAAACUGCUGACAAACGCAAGGAGGAACGCAGGAAAGCGUUCAAAGAUCGGGAUCGUGACGAGGACCGGGAUAGGUAUUCGGACAGGAGGCACCGGGAGCACUACGUCGGCGGCAGGGAGCUGGACCGGCGGUCCAAGAGGCACAGGUCAAAGUCCAGGGACCGUAAGGACCGGGAGAAGAGUCAGUCGUCAAGGCCUAGAUCGCGUAGCCGCGACAGGGAUAGAAGAUCGCACUCCAGGCAUUCGGGCUCCGGCGAUAAGAAGAGGGAACGCGAGAGGGACUGAUGAUGAUAACGAUGACGCAUAUUUUUUUGAGUUUGUAACUUUAAGUAGCAUAAGAUUGGGAUCAUGUUUUGCGUUUAUUUUCCCCCACCCGCCCCAUUUUAUGGUUAUUAAUGAAAUGAAGUUAGUGUUGUAUAUAAACGUUUGUGGUGUAUAC